GCAGAGGGACGGUGUGCUUCAGGGGGAGGGAGCGGCUCCGCCGCUGCCCACAUGUGUUCAGUUUGUUUAUAACGCGCGGAGGCUCCAGGUGACCCGACACUGACCUGUCCGACCGGCAGACGCUGCACCGAGUCCACAUCCCGGCUCUGCUGUCCAGCUGAAGUGGAAUAAACUCGGAGCCCAAAGACCCGAACCCGAACCCGGACCCAGACCCGGACACAGACCCGGACCUGGACUCAGACCUCAGCUCGUCAGCCACACUGUGAUGUGACCGGCUGGUUCGUCCUUCUUCCCCUCUUUCUCUCCACACGUCAGUGAAGAUCAAUCAGAGAUGACGGCAGGAGGAGUCAGGACCAGAGGAGUGGAGUCUCCUCAGACACUGAUGCUGUGUCUCCUCCCGCUGCUGUGGCUGCAGCCUGCAGACGCCAUCACCGCUCAGGAUGCCAAAGCCUGGAGCCAGACCGGGCCACGGCUGCAGCUCUCCCACUCAGACCUGAGGAACAGCUCGGCCGUCUACUGGAAGGGCGGGGUCAGCGGGGGGUACCAGGCCCUCCUGCUGGACGAGGAUCAAGGCUGGCUGCUGGUGGGGGGUAAAGACCACAUCUACCUGCUGAGGCCUGACAGCCUGGACCUGCCCACGCGCACGGUGCACUGGCCGGCUGCCAGGGAGCAUGUGGAGCACUGCAGACAGGCGGGAAAAAGUCUGGAGACGGACUGCGCUAACUUCGUGCGGCUGCUGCAGCCUUUCAAUAAGACCCACGUCUACGUCUGUGGCACCGGCGCCUUCCACCCACAGUGCACAUACCUGCACUUAGGACACAGCAACGAGGGCCCAUUCUUCUUGUUGUCUCACAUCGUGGAGUCGGGCAGAGGAAAAUGUCCCUUCAGUCCCAGAGAGCCGUUCACUGCUCGACUGACUGACGGGGAACUCUACGCAGGAACCUCCGUGGACUUCAUGGGAGCCAACGCUGCGAUCUUCCGUACGACCAUCCAGGGCAGCAGUCAACAUUACAUCCGCACCGAGGCCUACGACCAGAACUGGCUGAACGAGCCGGAGUUCGUGGGCUCCUUCUCCAUCCCCGACACUCACAGUCCCGACGACGACAAGGUUUACUUCUUCUUCAAGGAGAGGGCGGUGGAGGCGGGACAGUGGGACAAGAGGGUGUACAGUCGCGUGGCUCGAGUCUGCAAGAACGACGUCGGGGGGAAGAGGAGUCUCAUCAACCGCUGGACGACCUUCCUCAAAGCGCGGCUGGUCUGUUCUGUCCCCGGACCGUCCGGAGUCGACACACAGUUCGAUGAACUAGAGGACAUCUUUGUCCUGGAGACCAAGGACCCUCAGAAUCCCACCAUUUAUGGCGUCUUCAGCACCUCAAGCUCUAUAUUCCGCGGUUCGGCGGUGUGCGUCUACUCCAUGGCGUCCAUCCGUGCGGCUUUCAACGGGCCGUUUGCCCACAAAGAAGGUCCCGACUAUCGCUGGGUGGAGUACAAAGGCCGGAUCCCCUACCCGAGACCUGGAACCUGUCCCAGCGAGACCUACGACGCUCUGCACAAGUCCACCAAAGACUUCCCGGACGAGGUGGUGAGCUUCAUGCGGCAGCACCAGCUGAUGUGGGAGCCGGUGCUUCCUCUGGGCGGCAGACCCGUGUUCACCCGCAUCAACACGCCCUACAUGUUGAAGAGGGUGGUGGUGGACAGAGUGGACGCUGAGGAGGGACCGUACGACGUCUUACACCUGGGCACAGACGACGGGAAGGUGGUGAAGGCGGUGUCGGUCAGCAAAGACAACUGGGACACGGAGGAGAUCAUUCUAGAGGAACUGACCGUCUUCCAGAGUCCUUCACCCGUCCUGAGCAUGGAGCUGUCGACCAAGAGACAACAGCUGUACGUGUCCAGCGAGCUCGGCGUGGUCCAGCUGGGGCUCCAGAGGUGCGAGUUAUACGGGACCGACUGCGCUGAGUGCUGCCUCGCCAGAGACCCCUACUGCUCCUGGGACGGACAGACCUGCUCCAGAUACUUCCCCACCAGCAAGAGGCGGGCACGCAGACAGGAUAUAAAAUACGGAGACCCCUGGAGCCAGUGCCCACUCACAGAGGACGACUCGGAGUCUGUGGAGGUGAAGCUGGUGUACGGUGUGGAGGGAAACUCCACCUUCCUGGAGUGUGUUCCUCGGUCGUCUCAGGCCGAGCUCAGGUGGACGACGCAGCGCACAGAGAGUCAGCAGCAGCAGCAGCAGCAGCAGCAGACGCUCAGUCAGACGCAUGGAAGCACAGAGCUCCCUCAGAGCGAUGACGGCCGCACGCUCCACAUGAAGCGGGGGCUGCUGGUUCAACGCCUGGAGCAGGGUGACGCGGGCCUCUACACCUGCACCAGCCACGAGCACUCCUACAGCCAGGUCCUGGCCCGGUACCGCGUCCACAUCAUCCCCAACCACAGCCUCCACCCGACCCGCUACCAGCAGCACCACGGGAGGACCAGCCCGGCCGGAGCGGCGGUCUCCGGGUUUCUCGGCCAGUCCGGGCCCCCUCAUCCGCCACCUCAGGUGCCGGGACACAGGAACUCGUGGCUGCCCCCCCAGCACCCGCAGCAGCUCCCUGUGAAGAGCUACAAGGACCUGCACAUGGUGGGGACCAACAGCCUGAGCGUGGACGACUACUGCGAGCAGCUGUGGUACCGCGAGAAACGCCGGCAGCAGAAGCUCCGCGCUCUGAAGCUGAAGCAGGAGAGCAGGAAAGCCCGGGUGAGGAGGAACAACCCCCCCGAGACCCCCCUCUAGUCACCUGGAGAACACAGACACUGUCUACGGACAACACAUCCUGCACGUGCAGAGGUUACAUCAAGGACGUUUGCUUUUUGAGCAAAUGAUGUCAACCAGUAAAGUAAUAUUCAACAAAGAGAAAAGUAUAUCCUGAAUAGUUUGACAUUUAGACACUACAAAAAAAAAGGAAAUAGCAAAGUAGAAAGAAAAAGUUAUUUGUCUCUGAAUUUAUCUUGUUAGAAAGUUCGUCAGUUUGGAACGUAGGACGGUAGAACUCUGAGCUUCAGCUACAAUUGAAAAUCUUGUUUUUCCAAGUCAAAGUUUGGGAGAAAUCCAGCCCCACAUGACGCCAUCAGGUGUCUGAAUCCCUUUAGAACGAGUCACGUAUUGUUGGUGUGUAACACAGUUGAUCCUGUAUAUUUAAUGCAGACGGUUUACGAGACAACACACUGUAUCGUCCGGUCACGUCAGCACAAACAGAGAGACACGGUGAAAAGGGAAGAGAUGCAUGUGAUCGCGUUUUGUUUGCAGGCGUCUAAAUAUACAUUUAUAUUUGUUGUUUUUUUUCUAAAAAUAUCCAGCAGGAUGAUUAUCUGGCUGCUAACAUCAAAAACCAACUGAUCCGAGUUUUAAAAACCUGUUUUAUUACUUUGCUUCUUACUGCAAGUGAUGGGAUCCUACAUAAAAACCACAGCUUCUUCCAAAUAUACAACUUUUAUUUUGUGUUUUAUUCUGAGCUCUUCUCUCUGGUUUGAAGUGGAUGAAGUGAAUUUUUAUGCAGGAUUUUAAUUAAAAUCUGAUCAUAGUUGUUGGAUUGUUUGUUUGUGCUUCCAACUCUGUCGAUCAGAUUUUAUUAAAUCACAUUCACACACUCCAGAUGAAAAAGAUUUGCUAAUUUUUAAACAGUUAAUAAAUUGUAGUUUUUUGCAAACUUAACUUGACUGUUGCUUAUUUUGUCUUUUACUAUUGAAUAUUCUUGUGAAAUAUUCUAGAUUUGAAGCCAAGUUUUCAGGGUUUCUUGUAGUGUUAGAGAGACCAGUGGUCUGAACUAUUUACUUUAAUGCAAUGACUUUACCACAACAAUCCUUUUCUAUUUUGUCCCUUUUUCUACCUAAACUAUCUCCUCAGACUGUGUCAGUGCCGCGGUGCACCAGUGGCACCAAACAGCUGACGGGUGAAAAUGUAUCAGGAUCUCACACACAAUGCAGACAGACGUUUAUAUAUAAAUGUCAUAUAUAUGAAAAGUGUUUGCCCGGUUUACUGCUACAUAUUUAACUGUGUUUAACAAAAACAUAUAAUGUUUUCUACAUGUAUUUAUGUUUGUUCUGAGACGUAAUGCUGAUCUACGCUGAUAAGAUCUAGGCUUCAUACAAACCUGACGGGUGGAUUUAAAGGCCUCAGUGGAAACGCACAUGAAAUGGACCUUGCUUGAAAACACAUUAUGUAUAGCUUAUUAAUUCUGCCAUGUAACUAAUAAUUAUUAUUCACGUCAGUGUAUAUUAAAGAACUCUAUUUUUGAUAGUUUUCUUUCUUCAUGUAGAAGAAUUUAGUACAUUUUCCUCAGUGUUUAUAUAAACGUGUGUUUUUGAUAAGCAAUUUUUUUAUGUCACAACUCUAAUAAGCUUUGAGAUCAAGAACUGAAUAAUGAAACUGUGUUAUACUGUAUGUGAAUAAGCCACUAAAUGACAACUUACAUGUAAAAUAAAACAAAUAAACACAUUCAGAUGUUUUACA